UUUAGAUUUCUAUACAUCUGAUGCCGAUACCAUGUUUGUUGUAUAUGAUGGUAAUAAAAAAAAAACAUGGUUCCGGAUUCAGGCUCCUCCUCCCAGCAGGGGGCGCUCCUCCCGUGUCAUUCUUCCCAAUUCUUCCGCUCCUUGUGACGUCAAAGCGUGGUUCAAACGGAACCGCGGGAGCCGGUGAACGCGCUGCCUUCCAGAACCAGAACCAGAACCAGAGCUGCGGGCCGGUCAUGGUGCAGGACUUCCACGUGGUUCGGUGUUUCCGCUGCCAGAGCUUCCAGGUGCAGCAGGUGAAGAAGGCGAAGAAAUGGAGCUGCAAGCUGUGUGGAGAGAAGCAGUCACUGCUGAAGGAAUUCGGCCGUGGAUCCGGAGCUGACUGCCGGCGCCACGUCCAGAAGCUGAACGCCAUGAGGGGAGCCAAGAUGGAGGAGCAGGAGGCCCACACCUGGUCGCUAUGUGAGCAGGAAGAGGAGGAGGAGCAGCAGCCUGCAGGUGACCAGGUGAGACCCGCUCAGGUGAGUCGCUGGAGCAAAUAUCUGGACACACCUGAGGAAGAGAAGGAAGGCUUGGAGGGCAGACACCAUCUCCAUGGCAACCAAACCUUUAGCAGGAAGAGACGCAGACCAGAGGAGCUGGGAGGAGGAAGAGGAGACGAAGGCUACACACCUGUUCAGCUGAAACAUACAGCAGUGACAUCAUCUGUGACAUCAUCAGCGGCCCCCAGUGGGUCCGGCUCCAGGUGGGGUCAGUUCCUCAGUGCUGACAGCUGGGGGGCGGAGCAUCCUCUUAGUGGGUGGAGUCAGCCAGCAGACACUGCCGAGCCCCGCCCCCAACUUCCUGUGUCCUCCAUGUUUGACAGCGGCGAAGACUUCGACUUUGAGGAUUUUCUGACUUUUUAGACUCUUUUUGUUUGUGACUGUUGUUUACAUCAGAGACUCAAACACAUUCUGACAUCAUUUCAGGUUUUUAUUGAUCAGAAACCAAGGAACAAAUAAAUCUAUUGAUUAUA